GAAGAGAGAAAAUGGCAUGCAUUUUGCAGUGUUUCUUGUAGGAAAGGGCAAGUCCCGCUUUUUAUAUCGAAACCAAAUGCCAAUCCACUGCCCCUCUCUAUCAAAAAAAGAAAAGAAAGAAAAAGAAAAAGAAAAAGAAAAAGAAAAAAAAUUCUUUGCUUCUUCAGUCUUGGCUUCAGUGGCCUUUUAGGUUUAAGAUUUGGAUCGAUUUAUUAAUUAAUCAAUGGCUCCGGCAGCGGUUGACGACGACGAGAUAUUGAAGGACGAGAAGAAUCCACCUCCUCUCGACGAAGACGACAUCGCUCUCCUCAAAACUUAUGGUUUGGGUCCGUACUCGAACAGUAUUAAGAAAGAAGAGAAGGAAAUCAAAGAAUUAGCUAAGAAGAUUAAUGAUCUUCGGGGCAUUAAAGAAUCUGACACCGGUUUAGCAGCACCCAGCCAGUGGGACCUUGUGUCUGAUAAGCAGAUGAUGCAAGAAGAACAACCACUACAGGUUGCAAGGUGCACAAAGAUUAUUAGUCCAAAUACCGAGGAUGCAAAGUAUGUCAUAAAUGUCAAGCAAAUUGCUAAGUUUGUGGUUGGGCUUGGUGACAAAGUUUCCCCUACUGAUAUAGAAGAAGGCAUGCGAGUGGGUGUUGAUCGCAACAAGUAUCAGAUUCAGAUUCCAUUGCCUCCAAAGAUUGAUCCAAGUGUUACAAUGAUGACUGUAGAAGAAAAGCCUGAUGUUACAUAUAAUGAUGUUGGUGGAUGUAAGGAGCAAAUAGAAAAGAUGCGAGAAGUUGUUGAGCUUCCCAUGCUUCAUCCAGAGAAAUUUGUAAAGCUUGGAAUUGAUCCUCCUAAGGGUGUUUUGUGCUAUGGUCCUCCUGGAACGGGUAAAACUCUCUUGGCAAGAGCUGUAGCUAACAGAACUGAUGCAUGCUUCAUCCGUGUUAUUGGGAGUGAACUUGUCCAAAAAUAUGUUGGUGAGGGGGCACGCAUGGUUCGGGAGCUUUUUCAGAUGGCACGGUCAAAAAAAGCUUGCAUUGUCUUUUUUGAUGAAGUUGAUGCAAUAGGUGGUGCACGUUUUGAUGAUGGUGUCGGUGGAGAUAAUGAGGUCCAACGUACCAUGCUUGAAAUUGUAAAUCAGCUUGAUGGUUUUGAUGCUCGAGGAAAUAUCAAAGUCUUGAUGGCAACAAACAGACCUGAUACACUGGACCCAGCUCUGUUACGUCCAGGAAGAUUAGAUCGUAAGGUUGAGUUUGGGCUGCCUGAUUUGGAGAGCAGGACUCAGAUUUUCAAGAUCCACACACGAACUAUGAAUUGUGAAAGAGAUAUUCGUUUUGAGCUUCUUGCACGCCUUUGUCCAAAUUCAACCGGAGCUGACAUUAGGAGUGUCUGCACUGAGGCUGGGAUGUAUGCCAUUAGAGCACGCAGGAAGACAGUGACUGAGAAAGACUUCCUUGAUGCAGUAAACAAGGUCAUCAAGGGUUAUCAGAAGUUUAGUGCAACGCCAAAGUACAUGGUCUACAACUGAGGGAAUGCUGUGCUUUAGGGACUUCUGGUUGUAUUUCAUGUUGUCAUUGUGCUUAUUUAAUCUUAAUCUAUAUUAGCUUUUCCCUUUUCACCCUUGCUUUCCUCCAGUUUAGCUCCAUUCGGGGAAAAGGAAACACUAUAUGUCAUUUAUUUGGUACUCUUGUGUUCAAGAUGAUGUGGUCUUUGGUGCCCCAAAUUUGGUGAAAUAUUGGCUAAAUGUUGUUUCCCGUAACAA